GACGCGGUGUUUCCCCAUACACAGUGGUCUGCGGUCGGUCAGACUAGUGAAACCGGAGCGGUUGAUUCAAGUGUCUGAUGAGGUUCCCUGAGGGUGAGAGACACUGUUAGUUACUGCAGACUGUAGGUAUUGAGUUGUGGCCUGGAUGGCUGACGGACAAGGGCGUGGACCAAUCACAUGACAUAAUGCUGGCUCGUAACCGCUUCCUCCUCCUGGUGGUGGUGGGCGGGGCUGUGCUGGCCAUCCUCAGUCUGAGCCUUCAGUUCUUAAACCUGAUUCCCACCACUCCCAUAGUGGAGGAGCGACCCUUCCAGAUCGCAGAUGGAGGUGCUGGGGCGGUGCAGGGGAAGAGCAGAAAGCGGGUGUUCCCAGUGCCUCACACCCAGGAGCCCAACCCCAUAUCUGAGGCUUAUGGAUACUGCAACACUCCCAACCGCACAGAACAGGCCUGGGAGGGUCACAGUCCUGCCGACUACAAGCUCCUGUCUGUCCAGGUGAUGAUUCGCCAUGGAGACCGCUACCCCCUCUACUCCAUCCCCAAGACCAAACGACCAGCAAUCGACUGCACAUUAUCCACUAGCAGGCAGCCUUCUCACCCUCUGCUUAAUCCCUUCAUCGGUCACAUGGGUCAGGGGGGGCGUGGCCACUGGGAGUCACCUUUGAACAAUGUUCCCCGUCUGCCCAACCACAGUGCCUGUGAAAUCGGAGAACUCACACAGACAGGUGUUGUGCAGCACCUGCGCAAUGGUCAGCUCCUCCGUGAAGCCUACAAGCGCCACGCCUUCCUACCUUCAGAUUGGUCACCUCGGCAGGUGUGGGUAGAAACCACAGGUAAGAGCCGCACACUCCAGAGUGGGCUGGCCUUCCUCUAUGGGCUCCUCCCGGACUUUGACUGGAAAAAGCUAACUGUGCGCCACCAGUGGAGCACGUUGUUCUGCAGCUCAGCCUGCGACUGCCCUGCCAGGAACAGAUACCUGGAGGAGGAGCAGAGGAGGCAGUAUCGGCUCCGAGUGGCUGAUACAGAACUGGACCGGUCUUAUGCUGAAAUGGCACGCACUUUGGGCUUGCCUACUCGCCAGCUCCGAGCUGCAAACCCAAUAGACUCCCUGCUGUGCCACCUGUGUCACAGCCUUCCUUUCCCAUGUGUCCCCGCGGGAGAAAAUGGCAGUGGUGGGUGUCUGACUAUGGCGCAGUUUGCUGUGAUUCGACAGCACCAGCUCGAGGACGAAGUAGAUCGAAGAAAAGUUGGGCUGUAUCAUAAGUACGCCGUCUUGGCUAUGUACCCAUACCUCAACCGCACAGCCACCAAAAUGGAACGUGUUGCUAAAUCCAGUGAGGCUGGUCGGCAGCAGCGACAAGGGGCCGAGGAGGUGUUCACCCUCUCCUCAGCCCACGAUGUCACCAUGGCGCCGUUACUUAGCGCGCUGGGACUGGAGAACGCCAGGUUCCCACGUUUUGCAGCAAGAGUGGUCUUUGAACUGUGGAAAAGCCCCCCAGUGAUGCAAGGGCAGGCCAAGAAGAGAGGUGGCAAAGGGGACAAGUCAAAGGAGAAGGGCGGGGAGGUAUUCAUCAGGGUGCUGUACAACGGGGAGGAUGUGACAUUUCACACCACCUUCUGUCGCUCACACAACCGACAUGCCACCCAGCCGCUCUGCCCUCUGAAGAACUUCCUGUCUUUUGUCAGGAGAGACAUGUUCAGUGUUGUCAAUGCUACUUCCUACCAGGAGGCCUGCUACAGGCGCCCUGGGUGACUGAUGGACAAGAGGGGGAUCGGGCAUUAACAGUUGGCAGAUUGAAUUGUUAUCUUAUAAGACGGUGCACUUUUCUUUUUAAAGAUAGUCUUUAACGUUACUGAGUACAAACUGACCUAUGAACACUAAGUAAUCUGAUCAUCUGUUGAUCAUUUAAUAUCUCUGGUUUAGACAAUUUUGUCAACUGUUUCUUUUGAAUUUUAGAGUAUUGUACUUUUUUCAAUCAUAUUUGUAAGUAGUUCAUGGGAAGUUGGAUGGCACUUGACCACUUUAUUCCUACAUUCCAUGAUACCAUGGAAUAUUAAAAUGCCAGUAUUCUUACCCGAAAAAAGGGAAUACUGAAGCUUGAAAUCAUAUGCUGGAUUUAUCAUUCAAGGGAAUAUUUUGUCUGUAAUAAAACUUUAAAUGAAUCUAAGGAUGUGGGCAGGUUUGGCCCUUAUUACCUGAAAUGACCAAGACAUUUAACAUUCUGAUUUAAUUUUAUAAUAAUUAUUCAUUUUUGUAGCCCUUUAGUAACCUUACAUGGAAUUUCCCUUCUUGAAAGUGAAAUGCGGUACAUUCAAAGUAUUAAAUUAAAGUGUUUUAUACCAUUUUGAAAUACAGAUUUUUUUAAUCAGAGAUUUUCAUCACUUGUCAUUCCGCUACAACGGCAAGUAUUUCUAUCAUUUGUUUGUAUAACUGAUCACUUUACACUUAUUUUUGCUUGAAGGAUAUUGAAUCUAUCAAGGUUCGAUUUAAACUGACACUUACUGUAAAGCACACUAAGCAAAAUAAAGAAUUUAAUCUUUUUA